AUGAAGUGGGUAACGUUAAUUUCAUUUAUUUUCCUCUUUAGUUCUGCUACAUCCAAGAAUCUGCAGAGAGUUGCUCGAGAGGCAGAGCACAAGAGUGAGAUUGCCCAUCGCUACAAUGAUUUGAAGGAAGAGACGUUUAAGGCAGUUACCAUGAUCACAUUUGCCCAGUAUCUCCAGAGAUGUUCUUACGAGGGACUGUCUAAGCUGGUGAAGAGCGUAACCGAUCUGGCACAGAAGUGUGUGGCCGAUGAGACUGCUCCUGACUGCUCAAAAUCACUGCCCUCCAUUUUCCUGGAUGAAAUCUGCAAAGUCGAAAAGCUCCAGGAAUCAUAUGGUAGAAUGGCUGACUGCUGUAGCAAAGCUGACCCUGAAAGAAACAAGUGUUUCCUGUCAUUUAAAAUUGCCCAACCAGACUUUGUUCAGCCGUACCAAAGACCAGCUUCUGAUGUGAUAUGCAAGGAGUACCAGGACAACCGGGUGUCACUCCUGGGACAUUUCAUCUAUACUAUUGCAAGAAGAAACCCCUUCUUGUAUGCCCCAACAAUCCUCAGUCUGGCUGCUGAUUACGAACACGCGCUUCAAAGCUGUUGCAAAGAGAGCGAUGUUGGUGCUUGCCUGGAUGAAAAGGCCAUUGUCAUAAAAGAAAAAGCCAAGAAAGCAAGUGUGAGGCAUCAGUAUACUUGUGGAAUCCUCGAGAAGUUUGGCGAGAGAACUUUCCAAGCAGAUAAACUUGCUCUCCUGAGCCAGAAAUAUCCUAAAGCUCCAUUCGCAGAAGUUAGUAGAAUACUACAUGAUAUUAAGGACAUCUACAAAGAGUGCUGCGAUGGGGACAUGGUAGAGUGCAUGGAUGACAGGGCAGAGCUUAUGACCUACAUAUGCUCUAAACCAGAAGUUUUCUCAGCUAAAAUCAAACACUGCUGUGAAAAGCCAGUUGUGGAAAAAAGCCAGUGCAUUAUUGAUGCAGAGUUUGAUGACAAACCUGAAGACCUUCCUUCACUUGUUCCAAGAUACAUAGAAGAUAAGGAAGUGUGUAAAAGUUUUGAGGCUGGCCAUGACGCAUUCUUGUCAGAGUUAAUUUAUGAAUACGCACGAAGACACCCUGAGCUCUCAACACAGCUGAUUCUGAGAGUUGUCAAGGGAUAUGAAACAACCCUGGAAAAGUGCUGCAAAACAGACAACCCUGCCGAUUGCUACGGAGGCGCUCACGAUGAAUUGCAAAAACAUAUCCAAGAAAGUCAGGAGGUUGUAAAGACAAACUGUGAUUUUCUCACUUCCCAUGGCGAGCAAGACUUUCUUAAAGCAAUUCUGAUCCGCUACACUAAGAAAAUGCCUCAAGUAUCAACAGAUACCUUGAUUGAAAUUGGAAAGAAAAUGACAGCUGUUGGUACUAAGUGCUGCCCGCUCCCUGAAGACAAACGCCUACCUUGUUCUGAGGGAUAUCUCAGCAUUGUGAUCCAGGAUAUGUGCAGGAGACAGGAGACCACGCCUGUAAAUGACAAUGUUUCACAUUGCUGCAGCGACUCCUAUUCUUACAGGAGACCAUGUUUCACUGCCCUCGGAGUAGAUACCAAAUAUGUGCCUCCACCAUUUAACCCUGAUAUGUUCAGCUUCGAUGAAAAAUUGUGCACUGCUUUUGAACGGGAAUUGGGGCAGUUGAAAUUGCUUGUCAACCUCAUUAAACGCAAGCCCCAGAUGACAGAAGACCAAAUAAGAACAAUUGCUGAGGGUUUCACUGCCAUGGUAGAGAAGUGCUGCAAGCAAUCAGAUAUUGACACGUGCUUUGGGGAAGAGGGUGCAAACCUAAUAGUCCAGAGCAGAGCAACAUUAGGAAUUGGCGUUUAACACGUGGUUGCCAGUGGGA